AUGUCCAGGAGAUCCAGUUGUCAAAGACACUGUGCAGAGCUCCAGUUGUCAAAGGCACUGUAUAGAGAUCCAGUUGUCAAAGACACCGUGCAGAGAUCCAGUUGUCAAAGGCACUGUGCAGAGAUCCAGUUGUCGAAGGCACUGUGCAGAGAUCCAGUUGUCAAAGGCAAUGUGCAGAGAUCCAGUUGUCAAAGGCACUGUGCAGAGAUCCAGUUGUCAAAGGCACUGCAGAGAUCCAGUUGUCAAAGGCACUGUGCAGAGAUCCAGUUGUCAAAGGCACUGUGCAGAGAUCCAGUUGUCAAAGGCACUGUGCAGAGAUCCAGUUGUCAAAGGCACUGUGCAGAGAUCCAGUUGUCAAAGGCACUGUGCAGAGAUCCAGUUGUCAAAGGCACUGUGCAGAGAUCCAGUUGUCAAAGACACUGUGCAGAGAUCCAGUUGGCAAAGGCACUGCAGAGAUCCAGUUGGCAAAGACACUGUAGAGAUCCAGUUGGCAAAGGCACUGCUGAGAUCCAGUUGGCAAAGGCACUGCAGAGAUCCAGUUGUCAAAGACACUGUGCAGAGAUCCAGUUGUCAAAGACACUGUGCAGAGAUCCAGUUGUCAAAGACACCGUGCAGAGAUCCAGUUGUCAAAGGCACUGUGCAGAGAUCCAGUUGUCAAAGACACUGCAGAGAUCCAGUUGUCAAAGACACUGUGCAGAGAUCCAGUUGUCAAAGACACUGUGCAGAGAUCCAGUUGACAAAGACACUACAGAGAUCCAGUUGUCAAAGGCACUGUGCAGAGAUCCAGUUGUCAAAGGCACUGUAUUGAGUGGCAUUCACUGAUUUGGUCUGAAUACGAUCCUUGGUCUGUGAGCACCAUGCUCGUGUCAUAAAGAGUGGGGAACAACUUGCAAUGAUUUUGGCUUCCUUCCACAAUAAUCGAACUGUGAUUUUGAUACUGUUGAAAAGACAUAAAUCCUAACAGUAAGGUCAGGUUGUGGAUCGAACUGAAGCUAAAUCAACUUGUUCUUUUAAACCUUCAUUAAUCUUUUAAUAGAUAAGUCAAUUAUUUGUCAUGUGUCAUUGCUAUGCCUUUUAUCAUCUAGCUAACACUUUGCAUCACUUGCCAAAUGAUAUUAUUUACACUUUGUUUGUGUUGUAUUGGACACUAUGCUUACAUGUAGAAAGCAAGUGCAGAUGCAAUGUGUCUGUCUGUCCCAGGUAUAUAUUGUGAUAUUUGAUUGACAGAAUGUGCUAUUUUGUUUGUGAUUGAACAUAUAAUUAUUACGUGUAUUGACUGUUAACUGACACUCAUGCAAAACAUGCACAACAUGCACAUGUUGGUAUGAUGCAUGCACUUUUUGAUAUGAUGCAUGCACAUGUUGAUAUGAUGCAUGCACAUGUUGAUAUAAUGCAUGCACAUGUAGAUAUGAUGCAUGCAUAUGUUGAUAUGAUGCAUGCACAUGUUGAUAUGAUGCAUGCACAUGUUGAUAUGAUGCAUGCGUGUGUCGAUAUAAUGCAUGCACAUGUAGAUAUGAUGCAUGCACAUGUUGAUAUGAUGCAUGCAUGUGUUGAUAUGAUGCAUGCACAUGUUGAUAUGAUGCAUGCACAUGUUGAUAUGAUGCAUGCAUGUGUUGAUAUGAUGCAUGCACAUGUAGAUAUGAUGCAUGCAUGUGUUAAUAAUGCAUUCAUAUGAUGCUAUGACAUUUUGUCCAUAUGGUUACCGAAGGAGUGGGGUAGAUUUGGAGUUUUGUGUGCGCUCUUCACACUGAGUGGAUCAGGAAUACUGCUUAUAGUGGUACAAAACCUGUAUAAAACUUGUAUUUGUAAUUUCUGUGCUUGUAGUUAAGAAGUCAAAAUUAUGGUUGGGACUUAACUAUAAUAAACAAGCAAAUAUUCUUCUUCUUCUUUACCCCAUAAGCCAAAUGAUAAGACCUAAAAUAUAUGUUGUCGAAUAUGCUGGAUUGGAAAAAAGGGUUGGGGUUACGAGAUUAUUUGUGUUAAUAUCAUCAUGUGUAUAUAAUUACAAAGGACAAGUAUUUCUGUUUGAGUCUGUUGUGUCUGCAGAAUAGAGAUCAGGAGAUUCUCAAGGAGAAAGUGAACAAAUUCAAUUCUUGUAUGUAGUUACUGAACCGGUG